AUAUUCCCAGUGUAAACAAACGUAUUUAAACAAAGUGUUGACCGUACAGUAUCGGUUAUCAUAUUAUUAACGGUUAUCUCAAAGGAAAGACUACAGGCAACACUUAGUUCACUGCUCUAUAGAAGCUGAAGCGAUCAUGGACAUGUAUUCCGCUGUAAAGAUAGCUGCUGUAGGGACAGCGAGUGCUGUGGGUGCAUUAAUAGGCGGACCGGUGGUUCUGGGAGUGGUGGGAUUCACUAAGGCUGGUGUGGCGGCUGGAUCCAUAGCGGCAGCACUGCAGACCCCCGCCACGGCUGCUGGAAGUGUGUUUGCCCUGUGUCAGAGUGCCGGUGUAGUAGGAUUGGCCGCGAGCACGAAGGCGGGGAUCUGUGCCACAGCUGGAGCCGUGGGGGCGGGCAUCUCGGCCAUCCUGAAGUGAUAAACAACUGCUCUCUGAAGACAAAUACUCCGAUAUGUGUGUGUGCGAAAAUUAUUUUAAUGAUAUUAUCUUGACAUCAAUUGUUGUCUGCGUGUUAAAUUUAUUGAGCUUUAAUUGAAAAACAAUGCGUUGCUCUCAAUAUAAAAAAAAACUAUUCGAAACCAUU